AUGCCUCGUGGGAGUUUAGAGUCUCAACUAUUCAGAAGGUGUUCUAUAUCGCUGCCAUGGUUAACAAGGAUGAAGAUCGCUCAUGGAGCUGCAAAGGGUUUGCAGUUUCUCCAUGAAGCAGAAAAACCCGUCAUCUACCGCGAUUUCAAGGCCUCCAACAUCUUGUUAGAUUCUGAUUACACAGCAAAGCUCUCUGAUUUCGGACUAGCAAAAGACGGACCAGAAGGUGACGAAACGCACGUGUCAACACGCGUGAUGGGCACGCAAGGGUACGCCGCGCCAGAGUACAUAAUGACAGGUCAUUUAACGGCAAGGAGUGACGUGUACAGCUUUGGGGUAGUGUUACUUGAGCUGUUGACAGGUAGGAGAUCGGUAGACAAAAAAAGAUCGUCAAGGGAACAAAACCUCGUUGAUUGGGCUCGUCCAAUGCUCAACGACCCACGAAAACUUGGGAGAAUAAUGGAUCCAAGGCUUGAAGAUCAGUACUCAGAGACGGGUGCAAGAAAGGCAGCGGCUUUGGCUUACCAAUGCCUAAGCUACCGACCAAACAGAAGGCCAUGCAUCAGCACUGUUGUUUCAGUUCUCCAAGACAUUAAAGAUUACGGCGAUGAUAUUCCCAUUGGGACGUUUACUUACACGGUCUCUUCCUCUCCUACCAAGCCAAGCCUUGAAGUUAAAGAGACAAGUGUUCAAAAUUCCGACAAGCCUCGCAACGUUCAUAAGAGUGAUCACCGGUCCCCAGUGCAUACCGCACGAAACCACCGAUUAACUUUGAAAAACGGAUUGAAUUCACCUAGGCGUAAUGAAGCCGGAGGGGAUCGGUAUUGA